CUUCAGUUCAGCGCCUUGCUGCAAACCCUCUCUUGUUUGGAAGUGAAGUGAAAAACAAUGGCGUCGUCGAUGGCGUUCUCCGUCAGAUUUGCAGACAGGGUCCGAUUGCCAGGAGAGUGAAUGCCCCAGGGGGCCUCGAGGCCUGCUUCAAAGGGGACGCACGCGGGCUACGCGGGCCACCCUCCGAACCAUCCGAACCACGCCCCGAGCCGCGCGCCCACCAUGGAACAAGUGACUGCCAUGCUGGCGCGCGUCGGGCCUUUCGGUAGUACGCCUCCGUCACCUGCAGCGCCUGCAGCGUCGCCGUCCUCGGCCCCCGGCAACCCUGGUUCAUCCGGGACGUCCUCCGCCGGGGCAGGGGCUGUAGCGUUGGCGACCUCGUCCAGACCGUCCGGUCAGGACGCUCUUCGUUGGGAGAGACGGCUUCAGAAAGAGUUAAUGGCUUUUGUGACGGAUCCACCGCCUGGACUUUCUAUUGAUGCAGAUGUCACUAGCCAAAACCUCCAAGAUUGGACAGUUGAACUCCAGGGAGCUGAGGGAACUUUGUAUGAAGGAGAACAUUUUCAGCUCAAUUUUAAAUUCAACAGCAAAUACCCUUUUGAUGCACCACAAGUGAUGUUUAUAGGAAACCACAUUCCUGUCCACCCACAUAUUUAUAGUAAUGGCCACAUCUGCCUCUCCAUCUUGACUGAAGACUGGUCACCAGCCCAUAGUGUGCAGAGUGUCUGUCUAUCUAUCAUGUCAAUGCUCAGUAGUUGUAAAGAUAAGAAAAGGCCUGUAGACAAUUCGUUAUAUGUAAAAACAUGCAACAAAAAUCCAAAAAAAACUAAAUGGUGGUACCACGAUGACACUGUUUGAGGGCGCUAGUGGGUGGUUGUGCAUUAAAUAUAAUUAUUGUGAAUGUUUGAGUGCGUGUGUGUGGUGUGUGUGUGUGGAGAGAGCAGUUAGCUUGAAGCCAGACAUCAAAUGAUAGGUUGCCUGGUGUCCAACCCUACUGGAUUGUACGAAUUCCAUCACAAUUUUUCUCUAUUCUCAGGCAAUCUGCUCUCUGUCCUGUCCUAAAGCAUAUUUUGUUACCAUUGAUUCGUGAUCUCUCUCAUUUUUACAUUAGCUAUAUGUAGAUUGAUAUAUAUAUCUUGUUUGUUUUCUGAACUUCUGAUAAGAAAAUGUGCCAUGUGAAGUCAGUUUCUUAUUAGUCUAAACAACAUUCUAUCUCUUUCAAUUUUUGUUUCUCUUUUUUUUGUGUGUGCUUACCAAAUAUGUUAAAAUUUAAUUGUUUGAGUUUUUAGUUUGUCUUUUGUCAUUUGUGUCAAUGUUCAAACAGCAUAAAGUGUUAAGUAGAUGUCAAGCUGUAGUUCAAAUGUUUAACUUGCAACUUUUGUGUCUAGAAAAAUAUUUUUGGUCAUAUUGGUGACUUUUAUUCAGACACUUUUGUGAUUUCGUGCAUUGCAUAUUGGGGUUUCCCAAGAUUUUUUUGUGCUCUGUACAUUUAAAUACCGGUCUCCAUAUAAAAUGGUGACCUUCUAGAUAUUAUGAUAAAUAAUUGCUACUCUGGAAAAGCAAGUAUGUGCAUGGCUCACAGUUUUAAAUGUGUGCUUAUAUGCACGGUUCUAAACAGUGUGCAUGGAGGCACUGUGUGCCAUGCACUCACUUGCAUUUGCAGAGUAGUAAUUUGAAUCAGACCAUCGACGAUGCAGACUAUAACAAUAAUUAUGUUAGUUUAUAAUUUCUGAAUUCGAGCUAUUUUUAAAUUAGCCAAGCAUGAGGAAUCUUUUUUUUUUUCCUAAUUCUAUUUUCCUAAUUUCCCAGAUGCACCAGUCAUCCAUUAUAUUGGUGGUCGCACUCAUAUCGAUUAACCUUGCAUAUUUUGUUUAUCAAUGUGUUAUUGUGAUGAAAGUGUAUGGAUGCAUAUGUUUACACGCAUUAUGUUAUUUUCUGCUAUUAAAUUGUGACAAAGGA